AUGGUGAAGCGUUACAAUAGUGAGCAUCUUUGUCAUCCAACAAGAAGGUGUGAAACGAUAAAGACUCCUAUAAUCGCUGAUCUGUUCUUAGAAGAUAUUAGAAGAGAUCCAAAGAUGAGUGGUCCAGAAAUAAAAGAUGAGAUGAAGAGGAUGUACAACAUCAUUAUCUCACCAAACCAAGCUAAAGUUGCAAGAAGACAUAUAUUUGAUAAGCUGCAAGCUGAGUGUGAUGAGCAUUUUGCAAGGUUAAGGGACUAUGAGCUGCAACUACGAACUAGCAAUCUACACACUACGGUGGAGAUUAAUACGACAAGAAGGGAUGAUGGCAGUGAGAACGCUAUGCAAGGGAUGAUGCUUACUGCUGUAGGAAGGGACCCUGAUAAUCCGAUAUUUCCAAUAGCAUGGGCUGUAGUUGAUUGUGAAAACAAUCCCAAUUGGGAAUGGUUUAUUCGAAAACUAAAAGAAGACUUGAGCUUGGGGUUAUGUGAGAACAUCACCUUGAUUUCAGAUAUGCAUAAAGGAUUGAUUCAUGGUGUUGCUACGGAGUUGCCAAUGGCAGAGCAUCGUGCUUGUGCUAGACACAUAUAUGGAAACAUCAAGAGAGAUCACAAGUCAUACAUGUUGAAGCCAUUGUUUUGGCGAGUUGCAAGCAGUUACAACAAAGUGGAUUAUAAAGAAAAUUUGGCUAUAUUCAAGGAGUUUGAUCCGCAGGCUUGUAAAACUCUACUACGAAAGGAUCCAAGUUCAUGGUGUCGAGCAUUUUCAGGGAGGAAGCCAUUUGUCCAAAUGUUAGAACUUAUAAGAAGGGAUGCAAUGCAAAGGGUUGUCAACCGGUCUAUUAUUUCUGAGAAAGAAGCUGCAAAAUUCACAAAAAAAUCAAGGAAAGAGCUGGAGAAAUCUUGUGAAGAAGCUCAAUAUUGUGCAUUGAUUUCUAGCACUGGUGGAGAGUAUGAGAUUGCUGAAUUUGGGAUUGGAUAUGCAGUGAGUUUGAACAGGCGUGAAUGUGCAUGCAGAAAAUGGGAUUUAACGGGUAUACCUUAUCGUCAUGCCGUAUGUGCAAUCAGAGAACUGAAUCUGGAAGUCGAAGACUAUAUAGCAUACUACUAUUUGAGUGAGAAAUGGAAGAGAACAUAUAGAAGAGGACUGUGGCCUGUGAAUGGAGUUAAGUUUUGGGAAGAUUAUGGAAAACCACGAAUCGUUGCACCUCCUUAUAAACGCCCUGCAGGGAGACCAAACGGAAAAGCCAGGAUCAAGGGACUAAAUGAAUCACCUUGCAAAAAGAAGAGUGAGAUGAAGGUUGAUCGAAAAGGAAGAAUAGUGCAUUGUGCUAUAUGUGGUGAACCAGGAUAUAAUUCACGAAAGUGUCCUCAUGAGUCUCCGGAGAGCAGGGCAGAGAGAAGGAAGCUUACGGAGACCCCUCUAUUGGAAGCUCAAGACCAAGCGGAAAUGGGAGCAGCAUGGGCAGCCAUAGAGAAUCAAGAUCAGGCGGCAAUGGAGGCAGCAUUGGUAGCCAUGGAGAAUCAAGAUCAAGAUGUUGCUGAAGUGCAAAAUGUGUCAUCGACAGCACCACAAGGAAGUCAAGUUGUUAGUUUCUGA